AAUAUCAAAACACGCAAAUCAAUAACACAAAAACGCUUCUGAAUUUCCGUGUUUUGAUCAGAAUCUGAAGAAAAACCACUUCAAUUAGAAUUCGAAUUCUAGUUUCGAGUUGAAAAGGAAGAGAAGAAAUGGAAUCAGAGGAUCUGGUGAAGCAGGAAUUGGAGGAAUUGCUGAAACAAUUGGGGAAGAAGCAAAGGUUUGAAGCCUCUGUUUUGGCCCUCAAAUCCCUUCUCCAAAGCUCAUAUCCUUCAGCUUCUCCAUCGCUUCGCCAAUCCUUUUAUUCAGUUAUUUGCCGAGUUGCUACUGUGUUGAAGACCAGAUAUACAGCACCAGGUUUCUGGAAUGCUGGACUGGGACUUUUUGAGUUGGCAUAUUUGCUUGUUUCUGAACCUUCUGAGAAGGAACACUUGAAGGCUUGCAUUGCUCAGGCCAGGGAACAUUUGCAUCUGGAAGACAAUCCAUCACUACAAGCUUCACAACUUGCAGAUAAUCAAGCACACAGAGGAUACCUUUUUGAGGGGCACCUUACGGUUGAUCCUGAACCCCCACAACCUCAAUGGUUGGUGCAGUCAAACCUCUUGACAACAGCUGCUACACUCUUUGCUGCCGAAUCUUCCCAAGCUUCAGCAGAAAAUGGAACCACCCAAGAGGAUGCAGCCAAUAUUCUUCAAGAUCUUAUAAAUAGAUUGGAAGAAGUUGUGCCCUUGAUGGUGGAUGAAGGUACUGUAGCUCCGAGAGCCCCUCCAGCCAGUAAAGAGGUUGUGGCAAAACUUCCAGUCAUCACUCUCACAGAGGAAAUCCUGGCUACUUUGGGGAAAGAUGCAGAGUGUGCCAUUUGCAGGGAGAAUUUAAUUUUAAAUGACAAAAUGCAAGAGCUGCCAUGCAAACACACAUUCCACCCACCAUGUCUAAAGCCAUGGCUGGAUGAGCACAAUUCUUGUCCCAUCUGUCGGUAUGAGCUGCAAACUGAUGAUCAUGCCUAUGAAAGCUGGAAGGAGCGAGAAAAGGAAGCUGAAGAGGAGAGAAAAGGUGCUGAAAAUGCAAUUCGAGGUGGUGAAUAUAUGUAUGUUUAAAUGACCAUUCAAUGGUAUGGUUAAAAUAUGGUUGUUCGUGUAACAAUGGAUGUGAAUUUUUCUUUUGGUGUAGUUGUUGUAUUCUUUAUUAUUUUGAGCUAUAGAUAUCUCAAGUUUUCAGGGUU